UCUGCCCUCUCUGAUGAUCUAUAGGAGACUGUGUAGCUUUCCAGCGCUCACUCUCUUCACAGACGGCAGCUCCGAGCGCGGGUCAGCAAGGAGACAUGGCCCUCCGACAAAUCGCGCUGAUGUUCGCAGGACUUCACGUCCUCAUUUGCAAAACAUGGGCCAAGGUGGAGGUGAACAUGGAAGACAGGAUGAAGGUGUCCUUAAACAGCCAUGCUGAAAUCCCCUGUAUAUACAUUUCAGCAGAGCCGGCCAUGACGAUAGUGUGGUCUACGAAAUUACCCAGCAGGGACCAGGCCAGCAGAAGAAUCUACUACUAUGAUGUACCGAAUGAAAUUAUCGAUGAGGGCACUGAUUACACUGGACGGAUCAGUGUCAGACACACUCAUGACAAGAGCAUUGGGCAGGGAAGCAUUAUUCUGACCAUUGAAAAAGUGCGACUGAGUGAUGAGAGGGAGUUCAUCUGCACAGUUGGCAAUGUGUCUACAGAGCACGGUGAAGGACACACUCAACUCCAAAUCUUCAAUUCGCCAUCCUUACCUGUGAUUGUAGUUACACACUCUGGAAUUUCUGUCAGUGCCAAGGGGCCGUCAAAGAUUGCAGACUGUAAAGUGGACAAUGGGUACCCUAGACCCAACAUCACAUGGUACAAGGACAGAUUUCCUCUUCAGAACUCAGAUGGUGUGGUAAAAAUCAUGGAUUCAGUGAUAAAGAAUCCCAGCGGUCUAUUCACAGUAGAGAGUGAACUGUUCAUUAAGGUUGUGAGGGACGAUGAGGAUGCACAGUUCUACUGUGAGGUCAAUUACUUCGUCCCUGAAGGAGUGAAAAUGACAGAGUCCAUUCCUAUCAACAUCACAGUUUACUACCCCACGACAGAAGUUACACUGUCUGCAAAUCUAGAUAAUUUGCUUUUAAAAGAAGGCGACACUGUGGAGAUCAGAUGUAAGGGAAAUGGAAACCCUCAGCCCCUUUUCACUUUCAAACAUAAGGAGGAGGUGUUGAGAUCAGAGAAUGACCUACUGAUUCUGGAAAAUCUCAAGCGAUCAGACAGUGGGACCUAUGAGUGCCAGACAUUUGACUUAUACACAUCUCAAGAGGCCCAUGGCUCCAUCAGUAUCAAAGUACACUAUCUGGAUCCUGUUGUGGUGACACCAGAGGAGAUGGUACUGGACCAGGGGGGAGAUCUCACCUUAACCUGCAAUGCCUUGUCUUCUUUACCCGUAUUCACAGCAUGGUAUAAGGAUGGGAUGUGGGUCUGGGACAGGCAUGUUUUAACGUUACACAAUGCCUCCUAUGACACAGCUGGGAUGUAUGUGUGUGAAUUGACUGUCAGUGUCAUUCCAGAGCUACAAAAACAGAAGUCUGUACAAAUCCAUGUGAGAGGAAAGCCUAAUAUCAAGGGAAUUGCAGUGGGCCUGGUGAAUACAGUUGACCGAUCUGUAAACCUGACAUGCUAUGCACAAGGAUAUCCCAUCCCCAACAUGAGUUGGGACCUCUCUGACCAACAUACAGGCCAGUCUGUUCCUAUCCUGAAUGUGGAGGACCAUGAGACAACCAGUGGUGUUGUCAGUAUGAUCACUGUCAAUGCCACUUCAGAGCUCAUAGCCAACUGUAACGCCUCGAAUGAAUUUGGGACAACCUCUGUUUCUCGCAACAUUGAAGCCUUUGCACGAGGAACCACAACUACAACCAAUGCUCCCAGCACUAAAGCAUCAGGAAUAACCGUAUCACCAAAAAAACGACAGAAAGGUGGCAGUGGAGUCGUCAUAGCUGUCGUUAUCAUCUGUCUCCUCCUGCUAGCUAUUCUUGGCGGUGUGCUCUACUUCCUCUACAAGAAAGGAAGACUUCCAUGUGGGCGCUCAGGAAAGCAGGAUUUCACAAAGGAAAAGGCCAGUAAGGAUGACAUUAUAAUGGAGAUGAAGAGUGGCAAAUCUGAAGAGGCAGUGCUUUUACAGGGAGUCAAUGGGGACCAAAAAACACCCACUGAACAGUGUGAUGAAGACUGAAAACUACAUGGACAUGCGGAGAGGACAGUGGCCUGUGUCCUACGGUCUCAGGGUGGAAUCCCCAUACCAGAGUGCUUAAAGACUUUCUCACAUGAUGUCACCUGAAUUCAGCUUAUGUUUUGUAUUUGACUUACUAUAAUGUGAUUCCAUACAACAUCAUCAAAAAGAGAUAGUCUUAUAUAACAUCAUCAAAAAAACAAUAAGCUCAUUGGACAACCUCUCUCCAGUAUUUACAAUGUACAUAUGACGUACUGUAUAUACUUAGUUAUUUAAAAUGACAGCAUUUAAAGGUUGUGCUUGAAUAUAUUUUUGCUGUCAAUGCAAGUUUUUUUUUUUUUUUUUUUUUACUUUGUUGAGGGUCAUUUUAUAAGUGCCUAAAUCAUUAUGUGCUAUUUCACAUGUCUGUUUUGAACCUGCUCUCACCUCUGCCAUAUAGUCCAUGCACUGAACCACUUAGAACUGUUACCACUGCAGCACCACUGUAAGCAUUUGCUCUGUCCUCUGUUCCCAGUGAUUAAGCCAACUUGAGGGCAUCUUCCGUACAAAUAAAUUAGUCAGGGAAAGUCUCUGACAUCAUCAAUCUUUUUUCCCCCAAAUAUGCAGAAUGUUGGGCUUUUAUAUUUUAAUUAGCUAUAUCAAAUCGAGUUCCUUCCGAAAGCCACUGAAUGUCCACUGGGAGAGUUCAGUCAGUUCUGCAGCUUCUCAGAUGAUCUCAAGGCUGAUGUCUAUUGCCUUUUUUUUUUUUUUUUACUGCCAUGACCUGCUGUCCUCAUCUUGUACUGAAUGUAAAUAGUGAGGAAUUGUAUGACCAACCUCUCCAUUUUUAAGCUUUUAGAGUCAACAUGCAUGUUGAAAUGCAUGUGCAAGGGUUUGUUCAUGUACAGAAUAUUACAUACAGGGUCUUAUCUCUUUUUUGAACUUUUUGUCUGACUUAAAAGCAGAAAGUUGAACAGCAAAAAUAUCUUGGUUAUUCCUUUUACACCAUUUAGUUGUCAUGCAUUUAAAUAUAUUCCCUCCCCCCUCUCAGAAUACUUAUGGUAAACUCUGCCCUCAGUCCAUGGUUUAAUAUAUAUAUAUAUAUAUAUAUAUAUAUUCACCAGUGUUAUACGCUUCUUGCUUUGUGUCAGUGGUAUUUUUGUUAAUGCCUGUUUUUUUUUUAAUUGUCCUGUAUUUCUAUUUAAAAGGUCUGGUAUAUAUAUAUAUAUAUAAAUUUUGAUGUUUAUUCUA